CUUUGUGAGUUGAAACAACGCAGCAGAAGCAGCAGCUCGUUCAGUCACAGCCGCCUAGUUUUGUAUAGAGCCAACCGCCCUAGCGUUAACAGAGUUGAGCUGCUUUUUUGUGCCCCGUCUGGAAAUCUGUCUCUAUCGGUGUUUUAAUUAAAAAUUUCAUUAAAACGAAAAAGGUUUUCCUUUUUUCGACACUGAAAUCGAAAAUUGUCAAAGCACAUAGAAGCAUACGGUACAGUACAGUCUAAUCGUUGAGUUUGUGGUUUUUAUCUGUGUCCUAUAUCAGUGCUUUUAGUAGUGGGUUGAGGCCUGCCGACAAACCGGAUUUUUUGACAUCGGAUUGCUGGGAUCAAAGGAAAACCAGGAUUAACCAAGGAAUAUAUUUCGCAUUUGGAUACAAUUUGCUGUGAAACAGGUGCUAUUUGUGUGAAAAUUGACCGUGAUUAACAAGGAUUUGAGCGUUUUCGACUGGAAUCUGACCUGGAAACCUCGAAAGUGAUUUCCGGCAAUUUAAAACAGGCCGCAAGGGAAUAAAGUGAACAAAAAGUGCGAAUAUUUUAUAGCGUGGUGUGCGUGAAUUUUUCUGCCAGAUUCAUUCCUAACCAGAAACCCCACAAAGAGUCCAGAAGAAAAUGGCAACAGAAGUCGAGAACAAGCCUUUGACCGCGGAGGAAGAGAAGAAAACCGAACAGCCAACGGCCGGGGCUGAAAAAAAGGAAGACGGUGCUGCCGUCGUAACAGUCAGCGCCGAGGGCGAUAAGAAGACCGCCGAUGGUGAGAAAGCCGUCACAGAAAAUCACGCCGCCGAAGCCGGUGCGGGUGAUGCAGCGGCCACAUCUGGCACUGGCACGGAGCCGGCAGCAGCUGUCCCGGCUAAAAAGGAAAAGGAAGUCAAACCUACGGUUCACAAGGCCAAUUUCGAUAAAGAUGUCGUUUAUUUGUAUCAAUUCACCCGGACCCCACUGCUGCCAUCCAUGUCCCCGUACUGUCUCAAGGUGGAGACAUGGUUGCGGUUGGCUGGACUAAAGUAUGAGAACAUUGACCAUAAGCUGAAGCUGCGCUCCAAAAAGGGACAGCUGCCGUUCGUCGAGGUGAAUGGAGAGGAAAUUGCCGACUCGGCCAUCAUUAUCAAGGAGUUGGCUCAACGCUACGAAAAAGAUCUUGAUGCAGCUCUUACUCAGGAACAACGCAAUAUUGCCCACGCAAUGAUUUCUAUGUUGGAGAACCAUCUGAUCUGGGUAUUGUUAUCUUGGCGUAGCAAGAAUCCUGAUCAGAUGAUCAAAGGUUACAAGGUUAACUUGCAACAUGCGCUCGGAAGCCGUCUGCCCAAUCCUGUGCUUAAUUUCUUUUUCAAGUUCCAAUUUGGACGCAAGUAUUUGCAGGGAUCAAAAAAGGUGAAAGCGCAGGGCCUCGGUGUACACAAACCCGAGGAAAUCGAGGAAUUCGGAAAGCAGGAUCUGAAGGUGCUGUCCGAGCUGUUGGCAGACAAGCCAUUCUUCUUUGGCGAUGAGCCAACCACUCUCGAUUGUGUCGCUUUCUCCGUCCUGGCCCAAAUUCACUACAUUUCGGACGAAGUGAAAUAUGCCCUCAAGGAAUUCAUGCAGGAGAACUGCCCGAAUCUGGUUGGACACGUUUCGCGAAUCAAGGAACGCUGCUUUGCCGACUGGGACGAAAUUUGCGCCAAACUGGACCUGAAUGCACAUCUACCCAAACCGGAGCCCGAAACCAAGGAAAACAAAGAGGGUGCCGACACCGAGAAGACGGCUGAACAGGACAAGAACGAGUCCGAGAAGGAACUCGAGAAGGACAAUUCCAACGAGAAGACGGAGAAGAAGGAAGAAAAGCCGGAGAAGGCAGCGGUGGAAGAGAACAAAGAAAAGGAAGAAGCUGCCGCUAAAUAAGCAGCUACUGAGGCAAAUGAUUUUUUUCAGUUCUCUUUUCUAACUAUUGGUUAGCUUUUUCCAAACUAUUUCUUACAAUGUAUUUUACCAUAGUUGAUCGCGCCAAUAUUUUUUCCCCAGUAUGUGUUGAUAAGUCGGAAGCGAGUGAACGAACUUGCUGAUUAGAGUGGCAAAGAGUUAGGUAGGGAGCAUUUUUUCGUGCGAUGUUAGUAGCAUCUAUUCUACUAUUCGUUUUUUCGUCUACGGAGCGGGCAAAAAAAUAUUGACGAUAAUAUUUACUAUUGUUUACUUUUUAUAUGUGUUAUAAAAAGCAAAGAAAGCAGAGACAGAACAAAAUGCCGGAAUCACGAACCAUUGAUGUGUACGAUGAAGGAAAAGUAAGAAUAUCCAGCGAUGAGGAGCGAAGAGUCAGAAAGCGAUGAUUGUAGCGUGUUUUAAUAAUUAGUAGAAAUUUUACUAGCAGCAAAACUAUAGCUGAAUGACAAGUAAGAAACGCCAGUCGGAAUAAAUUGGAAGACCAUGUCAAAUGUUCACUGUUUAACUAUUCUACUUUUAAAAUUUCAGAUUAACUUUUAGUUUAUAGUUUUUAGGUAAUUUUUACGACAAUUGCUACAAUAAUACUCAGUAAACGUGAAACCGGAUAAAGCCAAGUUCAAGCCGUAUUUUUUGCCGCCGGGCUGAAGCGCGAAUGCUGGAAUCGUUCGGCAGAGAAACGUGUGGAGGCCACGGUAGGUUCGAAGAAUUUUUUCGUUUAUCAUGCACUAUAUUAAAGCAACCCGACUUUUGUAGUAAUACAAUCUAAAGAAAAUGUGUAAUAAUUGUUUAUUAUUACGAAUAUAUAUUUUAUAUAUAUCAUAUUUUCGUAUAUAUUUAUAGUAUUUUAUAUAAAUUUUAUGUAUAGAACAGCCUCUCUUUCUCUUUACAUUAGUUUAAGCGUAAUACAAAGCAAAUAGAAGAAUUGUCGUUUUCCAAAUUUGUGUUUUGUACAAAAUUUGAGUAGUGAAGAAAAUUUCCUCACAUUCUUCGCAGGACGUUUUUAUUCUUCAGAUUGAAGCUAAAGAGUAAAAACCGGACCGAGGAAAAUUUUCUUCAAGAAAGUGUUUUGUUUUUGUUUUGGACCUAUUCGCAUACGUUUUAGGAAUUUUUCAUAGACGAAGGCAAGAAAACGAAACCGGUUGCAAUUUAUAUACACAGCAAAACUAAAAUCAAGUUAACGAUAGAUAUCUCAACACAUUCUAAUCAAUAUGGUCUUUUCCUUUUACUUUAAAAUAAAGUUAAUAUUUUGUAUCUUUUUUCUUUUUUGUAUCUGACAUUCUUCAUCUUACCUGUUCGAGUAAAUACUCUGAAGAGCGUACAAUAGUUUAAAGAUGCUGUACUAAUCAAAUCUACGAGGUUUCUUUUAUAAAUCAAACUUCUAGAGAUAAGAAAAUAAAGCCGUCAACAUUCAGUAAAUAGUGAACCAAUCUCCGUUACGCAUACGAUACGCCACAUAAACCGCAGCAAAAAUAGAAAGAGUAAACUUCGUUUAAUUAGGUUAAAUGCUCCGAUGAAUAAAGAAUAAAACAGUGAUAAUAAAAACACGGA